AUGCUUGCCCAGAUGCUGAGCCCAACCACCUCGGUCAGUCGAAGCCACCCUGUGGCACAGACGCAGUCCGCCUACGAGACGCUGGCGUGCACUCACGGUGUCGCUGUCAACGCGCCCGAUCCGAACGCCACCAAGACGAUCUACGACUUCCAGGUACUGAACUGUCGCCACGAGCUCUACGACCUUUGCCAACACAAGGGCUCGGUCGUGCUCAUCUGCAACGUGGCGAGCAAGUGCAAGUACUACACAGAAUCCGGCUACACCACCCUUGUGAACCUCUACCGCAAGCAUUAUUGCGAAGGGUUCGUCGUCCUGGCGUUUCCGUCCAACGAGUUUGGCAACGGAGAGCCAGGCGAUGAGGGUGAGAUUUCGGAGAGCAUCUCGUGCAUGUACCCGCAUAUCGGUAAGGUAGACUUUCCCAUCAUGGCCAAGGUGGUUAUGAACGGCGAUCACGAGCUGCCGCUCGUCGGGUUCCUGAAGAGUCGUAUCCGCGGCGCGCUAGGCCAGAGCGCUGUGCGGUGGAACUUCACCUGCUUUCUCGUCGAUCAGAAGGGUGCACCCUACGCUCGGUUUGCGCCUGGAGCCAGUAUUGCGGAGAUCGACGUCCGUAUUGAAGAGCUGCUGCAUCCGGUACCACCCCCAGCACCCAUGCCGCUCCUGCAGGCCGCGGACCCGUCUGCUGCAGUGGAGGCAGCCGUGGCGGAGGGAAGUCACCGCGCGAGCGGCGCCGUUGACAUGUCUUCUCUCGACGAGAACGCUAGGCACAUGACGCCGCCAUCGCCAGGCUUGAGGAAUCCUGAGUUCGUCACCGUCUCCACCACUUUCACAGUGACGAGCCUGACGGCUCAAGGCGGUCCGCCGGUGUCGGAGGACAGUGAUGAAGCGAACCGAGACCCCUCUCCCAACCAGGUCUCUGUCAGCAUGCUCGACGCGACAGUGGCAACGGUGGAGGAUGAGGACCUCACGGGCACCUCCGCCCCUCCUGAAGAGACGGCGGCGGAGGCGGAACAGCUGCAGUAA